CUCCACUGUCGGUAAAAAAGUUUCGUUUCACGAGUAAAAUAUUGUUUCUCGUCUACCAUUCGAGUGAAAAUGGCGGCCAGCACCGCAGGAAAAGCCUUCUCGGCUCUUGGAGCUGUCUUCCAACCCAGAAUCAACUUGAGGUACACUCAAUUGUUAUGUCCGUUGUUGCAAGUACGUGAGUAUGCAGCUCGUAAGGGCACCAGAGAGAAGAGGGAAAAGUUGAAGAAAAAGAGGAAAGUGGCGGAGGUGAAGAAGGUUGGAUGGAUUCCGCCCAAUUUACGUGUCAAAAAAUCACAGACUCUACCACUUAAUAUCGUAAAACGACUUGACAUGUGGAAGGCAGUGACAACUGAUGACGUGUGGCUGCAGAAGUACCAUAGAUGGAGGGUGUAUUCGUUCGAGGAGGCAGUGCAGUGCCACAGGGAAACACAUCACCCAACACGUUACAAUAUGCCCGAUGCUUAUCUCAAUGCUUUUAUUGAACUGGACAUGAGAGGAGCUACAGACAAGAAGACAGUUGAACCCUUCUCACGUUCAGUCGACAUUCCUCGCCCUUUCGAUCAUGGGGAGUACAGGAGUAUCGUUGUCUUUUCUAAGACUCCAGAAUUGUUGGUCCUUGCUGAUAAGGCUGGGGCCACACUCAGUGGAGGUGGUGAACUCAUAGCCAAAUUUCAGUCGGGAGAACUAUCGGUGGCCGAUUACCAUAAUUUUGUGGCUCAUCCUGACAUCCUUACUGAGCUCUCUGUCAUUAGGGGGUUGAUGAAGAGGAAAUAUCCCAAUCCUCGUGCAGGUACUUUGGGACUCGAUUUGCCAGCGAUGAUUAAAAAAAUUCUCCAUGGAAUCAAGUACAGUGCAAUUCUCCAUGAGAGGCAACCUCAAUUCGCAACAAUAACCGUCCCCAUUGGUAAACUCUCAAUGGAUCCAAAAGACCUCGAAGAGAACUUCAAAGCGGUAGUCCAAGACGUCAAUAAAAUGAAACCCAAACGUGAUGACCCAUUCAUAUGCAGAACGAGUCUAAAGGGUGCGGCAACACAUGAAACCUUAAAACUCGACUUUGAGCAAUAUCUCGAUCAGCCAACGAAGGCCGAUGACGAAAGUGAUGAUUCAGACGAGGAGGAAGAGGCAUCAAUUCGCGUUUAGCUUAGUAAUCACUUCCUCAAAAAGCAUAAAUAAAACAAAGCCACUAAUAACCUAAAUAAAAAUAUCUUUCAUUACA